CUGCCAUCAAUGUCGGAUACACACAAGGCUGUUCUUGCUCAGAAGGAUUCUAUACUAGAACAUCCAUCCAUAUUGGCCGAUGCCAUAGAUUAUAUUCGAAAUAAUGAAUCUGACGGUUCUACAGAAGCCGAAAAGAUCCUGGUGGAGAACUAUCAGGGUGCGAUUGAAUUCCUCUUCGAACUGGGCACGUGGCUUACCUAUAUUGAUGAAGAUGCACAGUCCACACGGAAUAUAAUCGAAUCAGUAGUGAAAGAGGCCAUUUUGCAAAAUUAUGAUCGAUCCAAAGCAAUAAAUUGUCUAACAGAUGACGCGUUAGCGGAGACGAUGGAAUGGUUGAGUCAGAUGGUGGAAUCUCCUACUUGGCGUCGCACUAUAUACGAGUUAGCUCAACAUCCUCGCAAUGAAGAUUGUCCGUUUCUGUCAUUAGCUAUGCCAUGCAUUGCGGUCAAGGAAAACCUCAUUGGUGAACUCAUUUCUGUGCCGCUCGCGUGGAACACACUUGAAAUUUUUCUCAAGUGUGUUGCGUACGUUUUGCAACCUCUCUUGGCUGCCGGAGAAGCUGUCAAUGAUGGACUCUUAAUGCACUCAAUUGCCUUUCUCCAACCCAAGCGGCCUAGCUCCACUGAAUCUUCCUGUCCCUCUGUUAGAGACGUUACGUUACCGUCCGAAAUAAUAGAGUUCUGUGUUAUUCCGGCGGACGAGCGGCAGUUGAACAAUUCAUCGGAAAAUUCUUCGGGAUCGGCUAAUGAUAUGCUCUCUCGGUUUCUGUUAUAUGAAGAAUACAGGAAGGAUGGUUCCCCACCCGUACAACUCUUACGUCAACCAAUAUUCAUUGCACUUCUGGCAGAUACGUUGUUUGCGAGUUCUGAUCGACUACUCACUGAACAGCAGGAACAAUACGCCUACCUGUACAGCUACGCAGCAAUGACAGUGGAACUAAUUGACCAGAGCACCGAUCGACGGCUGUCCAGUGAUCGAAGUAGAGUGGAGGAAGCAAAGAAAGAGAUCUUAGAAGCCAGUCGGAUAUGUCGCCAGUGGAACAACAUGUCAGGUAGUGCAAUCAGUCUCCGGUCGUUUCGUGAUCUCCCGACUCUCUUGUCUUGUGUUGCCUGUCGCCCGGUUUCGUUCGGCGUGUUUCGAUUUGUCCGUGUGGCUUUUCGUACAAAACGGGUGGAUUUCGAGUUGAAUUUAGAAACUAUGAAGCCCUACUGCAUUGUUGUCAAUGAGUUGGCCGAAGUCAAUGAACACUUGCAUCCCGCCUUGCUGGCUUUCAUCACUGAGUUACUGGUCUCUUCGGUCGAGGGAAUGGAAGAUUUGAGCCAAGUUCUAAAUAUUGCGGCUCCUCCAUAUGAACCGUCAUUUUUGGCCGCCUUACAUCCAUUGGUCACCCAUCCGGACAUCAGCAACGGACUGAGGACAGGAAAGGAUACAGAAUUCGUAAACGAUUUUCUUGGUAAUUUCCUCGUGAUUUUUAGUAUGCUUCCGGCUCACUCAAAAUGUGGUAUUGUGAUAGUACUGUGCAAUCCUUCGGAUCAUUCACCGAGCUUAUCAACUAUAUUUGGGAAGCGACUACAGUGGUCCCUCUUGAGAGGGACAUUUUUAAUCUAG